AUGCGCGCCGCUUUUCCUCCACUUGAUCCUCCUCCUAGGUUUAACGGUCGUUUGUACGGACGCAAAUCCUCACGACUCGAAGCUCCUCUGCUCCGAUUUAACCUCCUCUCAUUUUCCACGACACCCUCUUCCAAUGGUGAGAAAUUUAAGAUUACUCAAUCAGAGCUACCAGAUAAAACCAUGGAAGCUAAGUGUCUGCAGAGCAUGUUUGAGUUGAUUGAUUCUGGAUUCUUCAAUGAAACCAAGAUUCGGGAGAUUACAAAGGGAGCCACUGAAAUGAAUGUUCCUAUAUGUCGAACCAACCGGAAAUUAGUCGCUACUAAGAAUGGCGGGCUGGAGAAUCCGUCUCCGUUGGUGUUUAAUCCGUCUUGGAACAGAGAAUUUGCGCGAGUGCAAGGCAAAAGAUUCAAGUAUCCAUUGGUAUCCGGUGUACAACUCCCUAGAAACGAUGAGGAUAUCGCCUUCAUGAGCGUUCUUGAACUCGGAGAACUUAUAAAGACGAGGAAAGUUACUUCUGAGGAACUCGUUCGGAUUUAUCUCAAGCAGUUAAAACGGUACGGUCGUGUUCUUGAAGCGGUGGUUACUCUUACUGAAGAAUUAGCAUACAAACAAGCCAAAGAAGCUGAUGAUUUGCUCUCUCAGGGAACUUAUCUCGGACCUCUUCAUGGGAUCCCAUAUGGUUUGAAGGAUAUAGUUGCGGUCCCCGGAUACAAAACAACUUGGGGUUCAACUUCUUUCAAAGACCAAGUUCUUGAUAUUGAAGCGUGGGUUUACAAAAGAUUAAAAGCUUCAGGUGCAGUUUUAGUAGCAAAGCUUGUUUCAGGUUCUAUGGGUUAUGAUGACAUCUGGUUCGGGGGACGGACUAGAAAUCCGUGGAAUAUCGAGGAAUUCUCUACUGGAUCAUCAGCUGGACCUGCUGCUUCCACAUCUGCUGGUAUGGUUCCGUUUGCCAUAGGCUCGGAGACAGCAGGCUCAAUGACAAACCCUGCAGCUCGGUGUGGCGUAACCGCAUUGCGUCCCACAUUUGGGAGCGUUGGUCGAACCGGUGUGAUGAGCAUAUCCGAGAGUCUGGAUAAGUUGGGGCCUUUCUGUAGAACAGCAGCGGAUUGUGCUGUAGUUCUUGACGCUAUCAAAGGGAAAGAUCCUGAGGAUCUCUCAUCAAGAGAGAUAGCAUUUGAAGAUCCUUUCUCUGUGGAUAUCACGAAACUCACCGUUGGGUAUACCAAAGAUGCUGAGAUGAAGGUGGUAGAAGUUCUUAGGUCGAAAGGUGUCAAAAUGGUUCCUUUCGAACUAAACUAUACAGUGGAGUCGGUUCAAGGGAUAUUGAAUUUCACAAUGGACGUAGACAUGUUAGCUCAUUUUGAUGAAUGGCAAAGAACCGGUCAAGACGAUCUCUAUGAAGCUCAAGAUCAAUGGCCGGUUGAGUUACGCCGUGCUCGUCUAAUUACAGCCGUGGAUUACAUUCAGGCACAGAGAGCUCGUGGGAAGUUGAUUCGAGAAGUGGAGAAGAGCUUUACGGUUGAUGCGUUUGUUGGAAACGUGACCGAUUGGGAGAAAGUUUGUAUGGGAAACCUUGUCGGUUUGCCUGUGCUAGUGAUUCCGACAGGUUUCAAGAACAUAUCAGAACCACCGACCAACAACUGCCGGAGAAGGACAACAAUCAGUGCUGGAAUUUAUGCUCCACCGGAACGUGAUCACAUCGCUUUGGCAUUGGGUAUGGCGUACCAAUCGGUUACGGAUGACCAUAGAAGGCGACCGCCUAUUGAUGAUCUUGGACCGGAUGACUCCAUACCGAAUCCGCCAAAGGCUAUUAUCCCUCCCCGAAGGUCAAAGCCAGUGAAAAUGGCGUCAGCGACUGAGAACCAAUGGCUCAAAGGAAGAGUGAAGGCUGUAACCUCCGGAGACUGUUUAGUGAUCACCGCUCUGACCCACAGCAGAGCAGGACCCCCACCGGAAAAGACCAUUACUCUCUCUUCUCUCAUGGCUCCUAAGAUGGCUCGUAGAAACGGAACAGAUGAGGCAUUUGCAUGGGAGAGCAAGGAAUUUCUGAGGAAGCUUUGCAUAGGAAAGGAGGUUGCUUUCAAAGUGGAUUACAAAGUGGAAUCUAUUGGAAGAGAAUUUGGCUCUGUUUUCCUUGGCAACGAGAAUCUUGCAAAGCUUGUUGUUCAAAACGGUUGGGCAAAGGUUAAGGAGGGAGGUCAGCAGAAUCAGGAUAAGGUUAGUCCUUACAUUGCAGAGUUGCUUCAGCUCGAAGAGCAGGCUAGGCAGGAAGGGUUUGGUCGUUUUAGCAACGUUCCUGGUGCUACUGAGGCAUCUGUUAGGAAGCUUCCUCCAUCUGCCAUUGGAGAUUCUUCAGGCUUUGAUGCCAUGGGGCUUUUAGCUACGAACAAGGGAAAGCCUAUGGAAGGUGUUGUGGAGCAUGUCCGUGAUGGAAGUACUAUUCGUGUUUACCUUCUUCCAGAGUUCCAGUUUGUGCAAGUUUUUGUCGCCGGAGUCCAGUCUCCAUCAAUGGGAAGAAGAAACACAAAUGGAAAUGUUGUUGAGGCAGUUCCAGAGGAGACGAAUGGAGAUGUUUCUGGUGAGGCAAGAGGUCCUCUGACGUCAGCUCAGAGACUUGCUGCCUCUGCAGCAGCAUCGUCUGUGGAGGUUUCCUCUGAUCCAUUUGCAGCUGAAGCCAAGUACUUUACUGAGCAUCGUGUUCUUAGCAGAGAUGUUCGCAUUGUUCUUGAAGGCGUUGACAAAUUCAACAACCUGAUUGGGUCAGUUCACUACUCUGAUGGAGAAGCAGUUAAAGACUUGGGUUUAGAGCUCGUUGAAAAUGGUCUUGCUAAAUUUGUUGAAUGGAGUGCUAACAUGAUGGAGGAGGAAGCCAAGAGAAAGUUGAAAGCUGCAGAACUUCAAUGCAAGAAGAAUAGGGUGAAAAUGUGGGCAAACUAUGUUCCUCCAGCAACAAACUCAAAGGCAAUUCAUGACCAGAACUUUACCGGAAAGGUAGUGGAAGUGGUGAGUGGAGACUGUGUUAUAGUUGCUGACGAUGCGAUCCCAUACGGUAGCCCAGCGGCAGAGAGACGAGUCAAUCUUUCGAGUAUCAGAUGUCCAAGAAUGGGUAACCCACGCAGAGAAGAGAAACCAGCUCCUUAUGCUCGUGAAGCCAGAGAGUUCUUGAGACAACGGCUUAUCGGCAAACAGGUUACUGUUCAAAUGGAAUACUCAAGGAAAGUCACACCAACAGAUGGUGGUGCCACCACAUCUGGAGCUGCUGACAGAGUCAUGGAUUUUGGAUCAGUGUUCAUCCCAUCUCCUGCUAAAGGCGAUUCCGACGUAGUGGCUGCAUCACCUGCUGGAGCCAUCGCUGGUGGUCAGACAGCUGGAGUGAAUAUCGCUGAGCUCAUUCUAGCCCGUGGUUUUGGUAAUGUGGUUAGACAUAGAGACUUCGAAGAGCGAUCAAACCAUUACGAUGCUCUUCUUGCUGCUGAAUCUCGUGCUCUCUCUGGAAAGAAAGGAAUCCAUUCCGCUAAAGAAUCUCCUGCCAUGCACGUCACAGACCUAACUGUGGCCGCAGCGAAGAAAGCUAAAGAUUUCUUGCCAUCUUUGCAAAGAAUCAGGAGAAUACCAGCUGUUGUGGAAUAUGUGCUCAGUGGACAUCGGUUUAAGCUUUAUAUUCCAAAGUUAACAUGUAGCAUUGCCUUUGCAUUCUCCGGUGUAAGAUGUCCUGGCCGUGGAGAGCCCUAUUCAGAUGAAGCUAUCUCUGUGAUGAGACGUAGGAUCAUGCAGAGAGAUGUCGAGAUUGAAGUUGAAACCGUGGAUCGGACCGGUACUUUCUUGGGAUCAAUGUGGGAGGCGAGGACAAAUGUUGCGACAGUUAUUCUUGAAGCUGGAUUAGCGAAAAUGCAGACUAGCUUUGGCGCAGACAGGAUUGUCGAAGCACAUAUUCUUGAAAACGCAGAGAGAUCUGCUAAAAACCAGAAACUGAAGAUUUGGGAAAACUAUGUUGAAGGAGAAGAAGUCUCAAACGGAAGUAAAACCGUAGAAACCAGGCAAAAGGAGACCUUAAAGGUUGCUGUUACAGAGGUACUUGGAGGUGGUCGUUUCUAUGUUCAAUCGGUUGGAGAUCAGAGAAUAGCUUCGAUUCAGAACCAGCUCGCUUCCUUGAGUAUUAAAGAUGCUCCCAUCAUCGGAUCUUUUAACCCUAAGAGAGGUGACAUCGUCCUUGCACAGUUUAGCCUUGAUAAAUCCUGGAACCGUGCAAUGAUUGUGAAUGCACCUCGAGCAGCGGUUGAGUCUCCAGAUGAACAGUUGGAAGUGUUCUACAUCGAUUAUGGAAACCAAGAGACGGUUCCGUACAGCGCAAUCCGACCAGUCGACCCUGCGGUGUCCUCAGCACCAGGGCUCGCUCAGCUAUGCAGACUUGCCUACAUAAAGGUACCAAGUUUGGAAGAAGACUUCGGUCCUGAAGCCGGAGAGUAUUUGCAUAUGGUAACGCUGGGUAGUGGUAAAGAGUUCAAAGCUGUGAUAGAAGAGAAAGACACAUCUGGAGGCAAAGUCAAAGGACAAGGCACUGGACCUGAGUUUGCUGUCACUCUCAUCGCUGUUGAUGAUGAGGUCUCUGUUAACGCUGCAAUGCUUCAGGGAGGAAUAGCGAGAUUGGAGAAACGUAAGAAAUGGGAGCACGGGGAGAAGAAGGCUGCUCUUGAUGCUUUGGAGAAGUUCCAAGAGGAAGCUCGCAAAUCUAGAAUUGGAAUCUGGCAGUACGGUGACGUAGAAUCAGAUGAUGAGGACACUGCUCCGGUUAAAAAGCCUGCCGGUGGUCGUCGGUAG